UAAUGCGACAGUCUGAAAAAUAGUGGUGGACGCGUUGUGGGUUAAUAUAGGAACAAAAGAUAUCGUCUAGACGACCAUCUGGGAGCGGUGAAUAAAAGUGUGUCUGCAUUUUUAUUUAACAUGUCUGUUUUGACGAUAAUAGCUUUAUUGACAUUUUUCCAAUCCAUUCGGUCCCAAGAAUUGAUUUUUGCAAACACAGUGUGUCGUCAUGGCGAUCGCACCAUAUAUCGGCCAUACAAAACCGAUCCAUGGGGAGAUGUAAAUUUUUGGCCGGGUGGUUAUGGACAAUUGACAAACGUUGGAAAGCGUGAUUGUUUUGAAUUGGGCAAAUUCUUUCGGAAACGUUAUCGCGGUUUGCUUGGAGAUGGUUCUUAUUCGGCAAACAAAAUCUAUGUCGAAUCAACGGAUUCCGACCGAGCCAUAGCCUCGGCUUUAACAACGAUGGCCGCCCUAUUUCCACCGAAGGAAGAUGCAAAAUUUAUUGAGGAUUUCGAUUGGCAGCCAGUACCCGUGCAUACGUCCCCAGCUGGAAGCGAUUACCUUUUAGCUACACAACGUUCAUGUGAUCGCUUUGAUCUUGAAAUGCAACAAUUUUUAAGUGAAAGCUACUACAAAGGCUUAUUUAAACAACAUUGGAAACUAAUAAGCUAUUUGGAACGAAAUUCCGGAUCAAAGAUAAACACUCUGAUGGAUGUGAUGAUUUUGUACGAUGCACUUUAUGUUGAACAAUUGAAGGAACUAUGUCUCCCAAAAUGGGCCGAAAAAGUGAUGAUAAGCGGUGGAGAUUUUGAAUAUCUGGCACUCUCCGUGUAUCCAAUCCAUACCAGUACGACCGAAACAAAGAAGAUCAAAGGGGGAUAUUUACUGAAAUCGAUUUUCGAUCGGCUUACAAAUAAAACUAAAUCAACCCUGUCACCAGAUCGCUCUAUUCAUGCGUCUUUUGCUCACGAUAUGACGAUAGUUAAUGUUUUAAAUAGCCUCGGAUUAUAUGAGGUUCAUCAACCGCCAUACUCGUCGUGUCUUUUAUUCGAGUUAUAUAAACAAAAUGACAGUCAUUUUGUACAGCUUUUCUACAAAAAAUCGGCAGAACCAAAUGGAAUUCAGGAAUUGGAAUUUCCUAGUUGUGGCUCCAAAUGUACACUCGAAGACUUAUACGAAAUAUACGGAGACAUACUGCCAACACAACCUUUUGACCAAGAAUGUGCACUGCGUUAUGGAGAAGUUCUCUCACCGAAUGGAAAUCCUGAAAGUUAUGACAUUCGAAAAGUGCAGUUUUAGUUUGUAAUGGCAUACACAGUUAAUGACGCAUACUUCUUCAUGUGAUCUACUGUCAUUUAGAUUUAUCGCACCUUUCGUUUCCGUUCCACAAAUUGUAAUGUUACUUUAAGACGAAUGCCUUUAGAUAUUCGCUUCGAAAAAAGUAGUAAUAUUUUUUUAAAAAUAGA